CCCACGACCGACAGACCGAGAUCUACACCUGACUGAUCCCCGCCUCACCUCCGGUCUGCCUGGGCAGUAAGAUGGCCUUCUCCUCCGUCCUGUUGGGCUGGUUGGCUCCGGCCCUGGUGUUUCUGCUCGUUCUGCUUCUCAUCGCGUUUCUCUCUUUCUGCGUGUUGGUCAAAUACUCUCACAUGAAGUACGAUCACAUACCCGGGCCCCCCAGAGACAAUUUUUUCUUCGGGCAUUCACCGACGAUUCUGAGGAUCAUGAACAAUGACGGGAUAAUUCACGACAAGUUCCUGGAGUGGGCAGAGAGGUACGGGCCUGUUUAUAGGAUAAAUAUCCUUCAUUACGUUACACUGUGUGUCUACUGUCCAGAGGCUACCAAGGAAAUCCUGAUGUCCCCCAAGUACCCCAAAGACAAGUUUGUCUACAAGAAACUCUUCUACCUGUUUGGUCAAAGGUUCUUUGGCGACGGCCUCUUAACAGCACGGGACCAUGAGCAGUGGUAUAAACAGCGCCGCAUCAUGGACCCUGCGUUCAGCAGCUUGUAUCUGCGAGGUCUGAUGGGCGCUUUCAACGAGAGGGCAGAGAUACUGAUGAAUAGCUUAACGGAUGCUGCGGACAGUAACACUGAGGCCAACAUGCUUGCCCUCUUCAACUGUGUUACUCUUGACGUUAUUGCUAAGAUUGCUUUUGGUGUGGAUUUAGACCUGCUGCAGAAUACGUCACCCUUCCCUAAAGCCAUCGAGACAUGUCUAAAAGGGAUGGUGCACUUUAUCCGAGACGCCUUUUUUGAGUUAAAUCCAAAGAACAGAUCAUUCAUUAAAGAAGUGAGGGAGGCGUGCCACCUCCUGCGUGCAACCGGAGCUCAGUGGAUCAAUGAAAGAAAGAACGCCAUGCAAAAGGGCGAUGACGUCCCCAAGGACAUCCUCACGCAGAUCAUCAAAGCUGCUGGCAAAGAGGGGAGCAUGACUAAAGAAGAUGAGGAGUCUAUGUUGGACAAUUUUGUGACGUUCUUCAUCGCAGGCCAAGAAACAACAGCUAAUCAACUCGCUUUUUGCGUCAUGGAACUGGCAAGACAUCCGGAUAUACUGGAGAAAGUGAAGAAGGAGGUGGAUGAUGUCAUUGGGGUGAGACAGGAGAUAAGCUAUGACAACCUGGGGAACCUGACCUACCUCUCACAGGUGCUGAAGGAGACUCUGAGGAUCUAUCCGACGGCUCCGGGCACAUCUCGUGAUAUACUUGAAGACAUGGUCAUCGACGGCAUCCACAUUCCUGGAGGAGUCAACUGUAUGCUCAGCACCUAUGUGACUGGGAGAAUGGACAGAUUCUUCAAGGACCCACUGAAAUUUGAUCCAGACAGAUUUCACCCAAAUGCCCCCAAGCCUUAUUACUGCUACUACCCUUUUGCCCUCGGUCCACGCUCAUGCCUUGGCCAGAACUUUGCUCAGAUGGAGGCUAAAGUGGUGAUGGCCAAGCUGCUCCAGAGGUUUGAUUUCACCCUUGUCCCUGGAGAGACCUUUGACAUGGUGGACACUGGCACACUUAGACCAAGGAGCGGAGUGGUGUGCUCUAUCAGACACAGGAAUAAUAACAAAGAGAUGACCACACAGUAACAUAAGAGAGCAAUGUAACAGUCUGUUUGCAGAUAUUAGGUUGCCGGGUUGCUCACUUGAUAUUUUUUAACUUUUGAAUGCCUUUUGUUUUAUUACUUUCUCUGUCUGUGCUCAGUUUGAAGUGCUUUAACAUCUCAGUUCAUAUGUUGUUGUCCUGGUUUUUCAUGGUCUUAAAUAGAUCCUGACCGAUAUAUUGGUUGACUGAUAAUAUUGGCCAAUAGGAGCCUUUCAUAGACAUAUCUAGCAGUGUUUAUGUCUGCGGACAUGAAAAACCUUUAUUUUACAGAAUAAGUAAUUCAGAUUAAACAAUGUGGAAAAGGUGUUCAUACAUAUUUAUGUUUUAUCUACAUUUUAUGUAAACAUGUUUAUUAUCUUAAUUCGAGUUAUAUAUAUUUGGAAGAAUUUAAGGUUUUCCUUUUAUUUCAAAAUAUUUUUGAUAAACUUUAGGGUUAAAGGGUUUAAUAACAACAUCAAUAUAUUAAUAUGAGAAAUCUUAAUAGAAUCCAUAUCGGUCGGGCUCUAUUUUGUAAAGGCUGUGUGGUGAGCAUGCAGAGUACAGGUGCUCUGGCCGUGUGUCUUGAGCCUGUCUGCUGAGAUCUCAAAGCACAGUCAAUUCCUACUCACCUGCUGCUUUAAGAGCAGUGCUUACAAAGUGUGUACCAUUGUCACUGCUGAGUGGUAUUUUUUUAUGGUAUGUAGAUUAAAAAUGAGAAA